ACAGGACUCUCUCUCUCUCUCUCUCUCUCUCUCUCUCUCUCUCUCUCUCUCUUGUUUUCGUCAUCAGCUCUGAAACCCACGGAGAAAUCCUCCAUUGCCGAACCCUCCAAGCUCACUGUUAUCUGUGGUUUCUAUUGUUGACGGGCUUAAAGACUACUUCAACCUUUGAACGUGAAUCCAUUCAUCUAUUGGCCAACUUACCACUAUUGGGAUUGCAUCAAUACUUCAAGCCUCUGGUGCACUCUGUAGUGUAGCAUCAUUGCCCUUCCCCUUCCAGAAUUGUUGACCACACAGCAAAUAGAUGUCAUUAUGAUGUGGUAAUGCAAUCAAGUUAUUGAGACGGAAUACAAAAGAGAAUGAAAUCCUGUGAGCCAUCAACUUCAGCUGAUGGAAAAGGGCGUGCUUCUUUAACCCUGCCGAAGGUGGUUAGAGGAAUUGUAUGCUUAUCGGUGCUGCUCUUAACGGCUUUUAUGAUGUUAGUGUACCUUGGCUUUCUGACUGCCGUCCCUCUGAGAUUUUUCAGCGUACAUUAUAGCAGAAAAGCCAUAUCAUAUUUUUUUGGCAUCUGGUUGGCUUUGUGGCCUUUUCUCUUUGAGAAGAUAAACAAGACGAAAGUUAUUUUUUGUGGAGAGACUGUUCCUCCUAGGGAACGUGUAUUGCUCAUUGCAAACCAUAGAACAGAAGUUGACUGGAUGUACUUGUGGGACCUUGCAUUGCGGAAGGGGCGCAUAGGUUACAUAAAGUAUGUUCUCAAGAGCAGCUUGAUGAAGCUGCCAGUAUUUGGCUGGUCAUUUCAGCUUUUGGAGUUCAUCUCUGUGGAGAGAAAGUGGGAGAUUGAUGAAUCAUCUAUGCAUCGGAUGCUUCAAACAUUUAAAGAUCCUAGGGAUCCCCUCUGGCUCGCUGUUUUCCCUGAAGGCACAGAUUUCACUGAGCAGAAGUGUGAAGGAAGUCAAAAAUAUGCUGCUGAAAAUGGCCUACCAAUCCUAAAAAAUGUGCUGCUUCCAAAGACAAAGGGGUUUUAUGCAUGUUUGCAGGAGUUGCGGGCAUCUCUGGAUUCAGUUUAUGAUGUGACCAUUGGCUACAAAUACCGUUGUCCAUCUUUCAUGGACAAUGCAUUUGGUGUGGACCCUGCAGAGGUUCAUGUACAUGUGCGACGUGUCCACCUUGAUGACAUCCCAAUGUCCGAAAAUGAAGUCACUUCUUGGCUGAUGGACACAUUCCACUUCAAGGACCAGUUGCUCUCUGACUUCCAUUCUAAGGGCCAUUUUCCCAAUCCAGGAACAGAAAAGGAACUCUCGACAGUGAAGUGCCUUCUGAAUGCUAUUGGGGUUAUCUUCUUGACCUGCACAUGUACCUAUCUCACAUUUUUCUCAUCCAUAUGGUUUAAAGUUUAUGUUUCUUCCGUUUGUGCAUAUCUGGCAUCUGCAACCUAUUUUAACAUUCGGCCACAACCAAUUGCUGGCUAUGGCAAAGCUGUUAUUACUCGCAACAGUGCCAAGCAUUGAUCAGGACUAAUUCAGAAACUCCAAUUUCUUUCCCCAUUAUUUUAUAUCAACAGUGUUGAAAUCUGUCUUACUCUAUAUCCUUCUGUCUCUAGACGUCUGGAUUUACCGAGUAGUUUUCUUGAGGAGUACUCUUUUAGGGAUGACAAAUGUUAGCUGGAUAUUUUUCCUCUCAUGGAUGAUUUCGUGUUGCUGGGUUUCUGCAGUCUCGUCUUUCAUUUGGUUUAUGCAGCAUUUUAUGUAUUGUCUGUCGUGGCUACUAGUUGCUGCUAAAGAACCUUACAAUUUCUAUGUAACAGUUCAGUUUUGUAUUAGUCAUCUGAACUUGUUUAAUCAACAAGCGGAACUUCCAUAAGGUCUAAAA